UGCUUUUGCAGCUCACUAAGCCCUCACUUAAACAAGAUUCGUCUAAUAGAAACUAUGGGUAACAGUCCUUCAAAUAUCGCUGUCCUAUUGAUUGGUAACACUGGAAAUGGUAAAAGUUCAACUGGAAAUUCUGUUUUGGGAAAACCAGGUUUCUUCGCGCCAUUUCACACAACACAAGCCUGCACAAAAACUGUAAAGAAAUAUGAAACUGAAACUUGGGACAAAAAGAUAACUAUCGUUGAUACACCUGGACUAACAGACCCAGAGCUGGAUGACAUUGAGAAUGCCGGGUUUGCAAGAAAUAACAUGACAAAAUCAUUUAGACUUUGCACUGAUGGUUUUAAUGCAUUUCUAAUUGUAAUGAAUUAUACCAACAGGUAUAGUGACGAGGAGAGACAAGUUAUCGAAACGUUGACAGAAAUAUUUGGUAACGAAAUGUUCGCCUCCUCCAUCUUAAUUUUUACACACGGCGACAACUUUGAUACGGACCAAAAAAUUUCCAAACCUGAAGACAGUCAAAAAGAAUUUGCUGCAUGGUGUCUUAAAGUCAAUGGAGAUCUACAAAUAUUGCUCAAGAGAUGUAACUAUAGGGCCGUGCUCUUUCAUAAUAAUGAAGCGUAUGAGAAAAAUAGAGAUAUUGAUAGGUUGAAGUUGUUCGAAAAGUUGGAAGAGUUAAAACGCAAUAAAUAUUCACUUAAUCAAUUCAACAAAAAUGAGGACCGAAGAAAGAAACUAAUUUUAAAUAAAUAUCCUCAGCAGCUGAAAGAUAAAAUAGCCAAAGAACUGGAUGAACUGAAAGACGACUUAAGACUUAUCACGCACCAAAAAGAUACAUUAAACACAAGGACUAAACAAGUGUUGGAAACAGUAAGAAAAAACAAGUUUCCUGAAAAAACUUCAUUGGAAAAUGCCUUAAGAAAUUUACUUGACAAUUUUAAAAGCAAAGAAAAUAAUCGAGAAAAGUUUGAUUUUCUUCGCAAAUUUCUGGAGGACAUGAACAGCACCAUUCUCCAAGAACUAGGGACUCUGAUUACUGACAUUAAUAAAAUAUUAAAUCCAGAAAAGCACAAAAAUGAAUUGAAAAGAUCAGCUUCUCUAUUGUUAGAGUACAUUAAAGAACAAGGUCAUGGAACAAAACAGUUACAUCUGGAGGAACAAAGGGUAAAAAUGUUUCAAGCAGAAGUCGAAGAAUUGGACAUUAAGUUCGUUGACAUUGUUACAGAAAUCAGAUGAUCUCCUAAUUCAUUCCAGAUAUUACGUGUUGAACCUAAAAUGCAACGUCUAUCAGCUUGUGUGUACUUUUAUUGUGUAUUGCUCCAUUCAAUUAUUUUUACACAACAUGUUCAGAAAUACAAUUGUAAACAGUAUUUAGUUACCAUGGUGAUCCAUAUUAUGGUUUUAAUGGUAUUUCGAUACGUUGUCUUUUCUAAAAUCAAGAAUGUACUUGGUGUUUUGAUGACACCUUGUGCAGGCAAACAUAUUUUUUUCUGUUAUAGAUGUGUUUUAAAGAAUUAAUGCAAUGACAUGGGUGUAACAAAAAGCUUUUUCUAAAAAAUCAAGUUUAGCUGAUGCUGCAUUGUAUAAUUUUCUAAUGAAGAUCUUCUAUUAAGACAGUUCUGCUAAACGUGCAAAUACUUAAUUCCAUUAACUAAAAGACCGUGCAGCUUUCAAACAGAAAUAAAAAAACUAUAACAAUGUUACGCAGUUGUGUUGCUAUUUUUUUUCAUUCAAGUUAAACAAGGCACGAUUUUGAUUGUCUGAUCACCUAGAUUUAAUUGUCUGGUCACCUAGUUUUGAUUGUCUGAUCACAUAGUUUUGAUUGAUCACAUUGUUUUUAUUGUCUGAUCAUCGAGUUUUAUUGUCUGAUCAUCGAGUUUUAUUAUCUGAUCACCUAGUUUUUAUUGUCUUAUCACCUAGUUUUGAUUGUCUGAUCACCUAGUUUUGAUUGUCUGAUCACCUAGUUUUGAUUGUCUGACCACCUAGUUUUGAUUGUCUGAUCACCUAGUUUGGAUUGUCUGAUCACCUAUUUUUUAUUGUCUGACCACCUAGUUUUGAUUGUCUGACCACCUAGUUUUGAUUGUCUGAUCACCUAGUUUUGAUUGUCUGACCACCUAGUUUUUAUUGUCUGACCACCUAGCUUUGAUUGUCUGAUCACCUAGUUUUGAUUUUCUAGUCACCUAGUUUUGAUUUUAUGAUCACAUAGUUUUGAUUGUCUGAUCACCUAGUUUUGAUUGACCACCUAGUUUUGAUUGUCUGAUCACCUUGUUUUGAUUGUCUGAUCACCUAGUUUUGAUUGUCUGAUCACAUAGUUUUAAUUGUAUAGUCACCUAGUUUUUAGUGUUUGAUCACCUAGUUUUGAUUGUCUGACCACCUAGUUUUGAGUGUUUCACCCCCUAGUUUUGAUUGUCGGACCACCUAGUUUUGAUUGUCUGAUCACCUAGUUUUGAUUGUUAGUUAUUUAACGUAUUAUUUUUCUUUUGUAUGAAACUCUGCUUUCUGAAUAUCAUUUAAAUUUUAACUAUAUUUCAAACGAUUUUUGCCAUUAUAAAAGAGAUUCAUCAAAAAUACUAUCAUUAAUGUUCCUUUGUGUGUCACUUUCUUACAUUAAUUAUUGAUAGCUUGCUAAAAAUGGCGGCUGGGUUGCAAGGAACCUUCCAUCUACUAAAGUUUCCUGAUAAACCAAGCAUUCAAUCAAGUAGUGCACUUUAUAGGAAUCCCAAUUUAUGACCCCCACCCCACGUUCACAACAUCACACUUUUGCCACGCCCCUGAAAUAGAUUAGUAUUCAAAUGUCCCACCCCCUUAUAUACCGCAAAUAUUUUAACCACCAUAACAUCUUAUAUCAAUUGAGACUUCUUCCGUGAAACAAAAAGAUCUGACCCACUGCUCACACUUGCUGUAUAUUUAAGAAUCUGAUUUAUCGCAGUUAUUUGGGAAUUUUAGUUCACGCACUAUUGAACUAAGCAUUACGUCUUACAUUCAAACUUAUAAUACAAUUAUAUUUAAUAGUUAUCCCCUUUUUAAUUUUGCUUUUAUA